AACACACCAAAAAUAAUACCACACAAUUUAUUAUCAGCAUUUUAUUCGGUGGAAUAUUGGGAAUAUUGAUCAUUUAAUUUUUUUAUUUGGAAUGGAGCAGUUACGCGGUCCGGUGGAGCGUCUGGGAUAUGAGAUGCUGCACGCCGGGAUCCAUUAUAUCGAUCAGGAACUGGAGAGUCCCAAUCAGAAUUUCGUUUUCGGCACGUUUGCCACGGCGUCGGCCGCCGGAUUGAUUUAUGUCGGAUCCGGCGGAAAAGCGUCCCACCGUUUAGCCAGGAUUCUGCAUUUUGAUAAAUUGUUUGAAAAUCGCUGCACACCGGAACUGAUCACCAUCGCCUUCCGGCAGGCGGUCAGCGCGCUGACCAAACGGCCCGAUCGGCAUUUUCCCAUGCAGGACGGGAAGUUGUCUACAGCGUUCCAGUUAGUCCUGGCGCACCGCGUCUUCUUCCGCAAAGGUGUCCAGGUGACCUCCGAGUUCUUCAACAAAGCGGCCGCCUUCAACCUGGACGUCGGGGAGAUCGAGGGCCUGAGCGACGGGCAGGACAUGGAGACCCUCCGCCGCGAGAUCAACGCCUGGGUGGCCAAGAACACACACGGCCAGAUUGCCGAGGCCCUGCCGGCCCUGGCGCUGGAGCAGCAGCAGGACGCCCUGACCAACAUGUUCCUCAUCAGCGUCACCUCCCUGCGCGGCCGCUGGCAAGAGCCCUUCCCCCCGGACUGCCUCCACUCCGACACCUUCCACAAUCUGGACGGGACGACGGUGCCGGUGACCUUUAUCAGCUGUCGGUCGGUGCAUCUGCCGUACUACGAGGACGCCUAUGUCCGCUACGUAGAGGUCCCGUACGCGGAGAAUGAGGCGUCGCUGGCGCUGUGCAUGCCUCUGGAGCCGACCAAGGUGUCGAUGGCGACGAUGUUGAAAAGGAUAAAAUACGGCGAUCUGACGAAGAUUGGCAACCAGAAGCGGCUGCGCAAGGUGGAUCUGAAGGUACCGGUGUUCCGCGUGGAGCAUGUGCUGAAUCUCAAGGAGUUCUUUGAGCGCAUCGGCGUGGAGAGCCAGCAGGAUGAUGACCUUUCGCGGAUGGUCCAGGCACCGCUGCAUUCCUUCCGCUUAACCGGCGCCUACCAUAAAUGCACCUUCGAAAUCGAUGAAAAAGGAAGCAGCGCGGACUUCUUCGACAAAGAGGACUCUGCCGCCGGCACCGGCGCCCGGGGGCGGAGCCACUCCGUAAGCAGUGUGGCGCCGGUGCAGCGCCGUCUGAAAUCGACCCUGUCCGACCCGGUGACCUUUCACGCCCAGUAUCCCUUCAUCUUCGCGGUGCGGCACAACCCCACAGGCAUGCUGCUAUGCUGCGGCCGCGUCGUGGAUCUCAAGCCGGCGGCCGACGCGCAGCGCCCGGAGGACGACGCCGGCUUCGCGCGCACCGACGCCCAACCGGCGCCGCACGAUCCGCGGGGAUUCCUGCAACGGGCCAAAGAUUUUCUGGAAAAGGAGCGCGGCUUAAUUGGACGGAAACGCACCGAGACCCUGUAGCAAUUGUUACCAGCCACACAGCCCCAUGUGAGCUAUUUUAAGAUACAGCCUGGCGUAAACAAGAUCAUUAGCCACAAAGAGAACUGAGAGAAUAUCAGUUACAUAGUUCUAUAUAUGGACAUAAGGUGAUAAGAUCUGAAUUGACAGAUUUUCAGUCUUCUCUGUAUCUCUUGUUAUGCCGUUUUAAUGUUCUUAUUGAGUGAUGUAAGACUUUGGAAGUUUCUAGAAGUUUGUUAAUGUGGUUGUUUGUCCGAAUGUGGCUAUAUAAGCGCCAAGCUUGCAAUAGCUAGAGGGUCCACUCUGGUUUAGUCCACUGGAAGUCAUCUAGCAGUCACUUGAAUUGUGUUUCGUAAAUAAAGUCUCAAAAUCCACGUUGGGAUUUCUACGUUAAACUUAGCUACGUACAGUGCCUGGGGCAGCACAUAACGCUAGUGGAGUUUAUAACGUAAC